UUUAUUUAUUUAUUUAAAAUAAAAAUAAAUUAAAAUGGAAGCUUCAAAUCAAAGGUGUGAGCUGUGAACGCAUGAAGCUGCUCCUGAUUUCUGAACGAAACGCUCUCUCUUUCUUCUGGUACUGGUUCAAUUCAAUUCCAUUCCAUUUCCAUCCCAUUAAACCACUUCCUUAUCUUGCGUCUCUCUGCGUCCUUCACUUUUCUCACAUAAUCACACACAGAUUCUGCCACCAUCUUCAGCACUGCAAUUGCCUUUCUGUUUUGCGUUUUUGAGACGCCUUCUUUGAUUCACUCCUAUAUUCUUUCGCUACUAUGUCGGCGUCCCCGUCUCCCGGAGCUGCUCCUGCCCCCACAUCGCCGCCGGCAAAUAACACAACUCCUCCUCCUCCUCCUCCGUCCAAUAACAGUACCUCUACUCCUCCACCUCCUGCCAACUCUACUGCACCACCUCCUGCUAGUCCUUCGCCUCCGCCUUCAGCCACGCCCACUCCCAGCCCUCCGUCUCCUUCGCCGCCACCGCCGCCUCCUUCUAGUACCAAUUCUCCACCGCCUCCCGUGACUCGGACCUCCCCUCCUCCUCCUUCCAGUUCAGGCACGCCUUCAACUCCGGCUGGAAGCCCGCCGCCUCCGCCUUCAUCCCCUUCUUCAUCGUCGACUAUAUCCACUGGUGUUGUUGUUGGAAUCGCCCUUGGUGCUGUAGCGAUUCUUCUAAUUUUAAGCUUUGUAUGCGUAUGUUGUUUGAGGAAGAAGAAGAGAACAAGUAAUGCGGGAUACUAUCCGCCACCGCGGGGACCAAAAGGUGACCAAUAUGGUGGCCCACCCCAUCAGUGGCAACAUAAUGCUCCCCCUCCUUCAGAUAAUGUUGUCUCCGUGAUGCAAAAGCCCCCGCCCCCGCCCCCAGGUGCAUCACGACCACCCCAAUUACCAGCUUAUGCCCCUAAACCUUCUCCGCCGCCACCAUUCCUGAGCAGCAGUAGUGGGUCUGGUUCCAAUUAUUCAGGUGGCGAAAAUCCAUUCCCGCCCCCUUCGCCUGGUAUUGCAUUGGGUUUCUCAAAGAGCACAUUUACAUACGAAGAGUUGAUACGGGCAACAGAUGGAUUCUCUGAUGCCAACCUCCUUGGACAAGGUGGAUUUGGAUAUGUACACAAAGGAAUCCUGCCGAACGGGAAGGAGGUGGCAAUCAAGCAGCUAAAGGCAGGAAGUGGGCAGGGAGAACGAGAAUUUCAAGCAGAAGUUGAGAUCAUCAGCCGAGUUCAUCACAGGCAUCUUGUUUCUCUGGUUGGAUACUGCAUCACUGGACAGCAGAGAUUGCUUGUUUAUGAAUUUGUUCCAAACAAUACGUUGGAACUUCACUUACAUGGAAAAGGGCGACCUACUAUGGAUUGGCCCACGAGACUGAAAAUUGCCUUGGGAUCAGCAAAAGGACUGGCGUAUCUCCAUGAGGAUUGUCAUCCAAAGAUCAUCCAUCGAGAUAUCAAAGCUGCUAAUAUACUUCUGGAUUUCAAGUUUGAAGCGAAGGUUGCUGAUUUUGGACUAGCAAAGUUUUCUUCUGAUGUCAAUACUCAUGUUUCCACUCGAGUGAUGGGGACUUUUGGGUAUCUGGCUCCAGAAUAUGCUUCUAGUGGGAAACUCACAGACAAAUCAGAUGUUUUCUCGUUUGGGGUCAUGCUCCUGGAGCUAAUUACUGGACAUCGACCGGUUGACACAACUCAUACUUUCAUGGAGGAUAGUCUGGUAGAAUGGGCAAGGCCUUUGCUUAUCCGUGCUUUGGAAGAUCAUAAUUUUGAUUCGCUUGUUGAUCCAAGGCUCAAAGAUGAAUAUGACCCCAAUGAAAUGACUCGCAUGGUUGCAUGUGCAGCAGCCUGCACCCGUCAUUCAGCACGUCAUAGGCCAAAAGUGAGCCAGGUUGUUCGUGCUCUGGAAGGUGACAUGUCUCUAUCAGAUCUUAACGAAGGAAUUAAACCUGGACACAGCUCUGUCUACAGUUUCCGAGGAAGCUCUGAUUAUGACACUGCACAAUACAAGGAAGACAUGAAAAAAUUCAGGAAAAUGGCUUUGGGAACCCAGGAGCUUGGCGGGAGCAGUGAAUACAGUGCACCUACGAGUGACAACAGCUUAUUCCCAUCUGGCUCCAGCAGUGAAGGCCAGAGCCGUCAGACCACCCGGGAAAUGGAAGUGAGAAAGACGAAUAACCACCAAGAAGGUUACAGUGGAAGCUCUUGACAACUAUUUGCUUUUACCAUGUAUAAAUCUAUAUCCUUUAAGUUGAUUUUAAAUCUGUGUUUUGACUGACCUAUUCUGGGCGAAUAACCAAAUUAUUUUUCGAAGAUUGUCACUUUAAAAUUCUAUUGAUCAGGUUAUAUAGUAUACACAUAACAAAGUAACGUUAGUUCUAUUC